AUGUGCGCACUGCUCCCGGCGUGGCUGUGCCUUCUACUCGGCCUCCUGCCUCUGGAGAUCCAGUCCCGAGCUUUAACUCCGCAGAGCCCCAGUCACAGACACAGGUUCAAUUCACCAAAAACCUGCAAACACCCAAAGUCUUCUUACACUGCUAUCAUGUCUGCUGUGUCUGAUCUCUCUGUUGUCCUUGACAACCACAUCACCCAGGGAGAUAGACAUAUCAUCUGGAAGGCGCUCUUACACAAAGAUCCCCCACCGAGGUUGUCCGAACUGUUGCUUAACGAAAAAGAUAACGUGCUACAGGAAGCGCCAGUCAAGCAGCGAGGGUCACGAAGUCGUCGUCAUGCCAACAAUGGCGGCGGAAGGGGCCACGGACAUCUGAUGAGGGUGGGGUGCGUCCUGGGCACCUGUCAGGUUCAGAACCUCAGCCAUCGUCUCUACCAACUGAUUGGACAGAGUGGGAGGGAAGACUCCUCUCCCAUCAACCCUCGUAGUCCUCACAGCUAUGGCUAA